CCGCACGUGGAUAGCAGUGGAGGUGCAGCAGCCGGGACCGUGCUCUGAGAGACGCACCAGGGCGGCCGUCGAACGGUGCGGCUGGAGCCGCCGGGACCGUGCUCUGAGAGACGCACCAGGGCGGCCGUCGAGCGGUGCGGCUGGAGCCGCCGGGACCGUGCUCUGAGAGACGCACCAGGGCGGCCGUCGAGCGGUGCGGCUGGAGCCUCCGGACCGCCGGCUGCCUGGGGAGGACUUCAGGUCCCUGCCGGCUGAAGAGCAGAACAUCAGCACGGACCGUGGUGGUCUGCAUUGGACCGCUAUGGCCCUGCAGAUGACGAGGGUGAUUUGGCCGCUAUAUAUCUGCGUCAUCUUGGUUGAAGCAGCUGUCGGGUGCGGCUUCCCCGGCGCUCCGGCGCACAGCUCGGUGACAUUCUCCACCGCCCAGAUACGGCCCGGGUCGGCGGCCUCCUACACCUGCGAGCGGGGCUUCGAGCUGCUCGGGCCGGCCAGAAGGGUGUGCCGCGUCAACGGCACCUGGACGCCCGACGCCAUCCCGUUUUGCGUGAUUAACGUGGCUGCCGGCAAGGCUCCGAUGCAGUCAACCACGGACCAGGAGGGCAUCCCGCAGAAGGCGGUGGACGGCAGCACGAGCCGGCUGUUCGACCCUCAGACGUGCACGCUGACGCAGCCGGAGCGGGCGCCGCUCUGGUACGUCAACCUGCUGGAGCCCUACAUGGUGCAGCUGGUGCGCGUCGACUUCGGCCGACCCUGCUGCGGGAGUAACAUCUCCGCCGAUGUCGUCGUCCGCGUGGGCAACAACCGUCCCGACCUCGAGACCAACCCCAUCUGCAACCGAUUCACAGGCGUCAUCGAGGAGGGCCAGCCGCUCUUCCUGCCCUGCAGCCCGCCCAUGCCCGGCGCGUUCGUGUCGGUCCACCUGCGGGGAGCGUCCCGCCAGAGGCUCUCUAUCUGCGAGACGUUUGUGUACACGGACCAGGCGCUGCCGGUGGAGAGGUGCCCGCAGUUUCGGGACCAGCCGCCAGGCGCCAUCGCCACCUACAGCGGCCGCUGCUACACCUUCUACAACCAGCAGCCCAAGAGCUUCAAGCGGGCGCAGGAGUUCUGCAGCUCGCGCGGCGGCUCGCUGAUCGACGAGACGAGCCCGGCUCUGCAGGGGUUCCUCAGCUGGGAGCUGUGGCGCAGACACAAGAGCGAGCCGGCCGGGCAGUACUGGCUGGGCGCGGUACGGGAGCCGGGUCGGCCGGCCGUCUGGAGCUGGCUGCACGGUCGGCCCGUCACUGUCAGCUUCUGGAGCCUGCCCACCAACGGCGGACAGUGCGCACGGCUCGACGCCACGCGCGACUGGCUCUGGGCCGCCACCGACUGCGGUCGCCGCAUCCACUUCGUCUGCCAGCACGAGCCGCUGACGUGCGGCCGCCCCGAGCAGCCGCCGAACUCCACCCUGACGGCCGUGGACUUCGGCGUGGGCGCGCGCAUCGUGCACCGCUGCCAGCCGGGCCACCUGCUGGUGGGGCCGGAGGCGCGCGAGUGCCUGCCCUCCGGCUUCUACAGUGGCUACCCGCCCACGUGCAAACGUCUGCAGUGUGGCCUGCCGGCGGACAUCGCGCACGGCUCGUACCAGCUGCAGAACGACAGCCGUGCGUACCUCUCGACUGUGGAGUACCGCUGCCGGCCAGGUCACACGCUGGUAGGCCGGGCCUCUCUCGUCUGCGACGUGGACGAGCGGUGGAACGGGCCGCCUCCGCGCUGCCAGCCGGUGGGCUGCGGUGCGCCUCCGACGGUCCUGAACGGGGCCUACCGCAGCCUGACCAACGUCACAGCCGUGGGCGCGCUGUUCGAGUACUACUGCCUCGAUGACCGGUUCACACUGAUCGGACCCCGGUUCCUGCGCUGCCAGAGCGACGGAAGCUACGACCAGGAGCCGCCAGUCUGCCGAGCGGGCGUGCCGGCGAGCACGGCUGCUCCGGAGCCCGCUGAGACCGGAGAAUACGACCGUCCUGAGCAGAGCAAGACCCCGGACACGGUCAACAUCCAGCAGAACACGCCACCGGGUGUGCGGCUGCCGGACUUGGACGCCGACCAGCGCGACGCCGGGCCGCGCCUCAAUCUGAGCGGCAUCAUCGCGCUCGGCAUUUUUGGUGGCUUCGUAUUCCUCUCCGCCGUACUCACCACCAUCGUCAUCAUCGUCAGAAGGACCUGCCGGCGGCCCCCACAUCGUGCGCGCCGCCACUACAUCUCGUCCAGCUACUCGACCGACUCGGAGACGCACGGUCUGAGUCAGCGCCCGCACUCGCAGGGCUACCGCGACGCCGGCGAGCUGACGGUGGCGGAUGUGGCGCACGUGUACCGCGCCGACGAGAAGCGGCGCCACCAUCACCACCAUCAUCACCGGCGGCACCACGGCGACGAGCGGCCACGGCGGCACUGA